UUACAAUUCUGGGAUCGACUUCAUGGUAGAGAGGGGAAGAACUAGGACUCGUCUCACUAUCCGCCAUAUUUUUGACAUAAACACAGUGUGMAAAUCAUGUGAUUCCGGUAUUUGUGGACGUGGAAUGCCGAUUAUAAAACGGCGUAUUACGAAUCAUACCGAAUCCGUUCGGAAAUUGUUCGUUUGAUGUAAUUACACUUCGGUCGAUUAUCGGAUGCGUUAUUUCAAAGAAAUAUGGCGGAUGAUAAGUCUCGUUUAGUCGCUGGGUCUGCUUCUCCAAGCGAUCAGACACUUUUCCAUGAGAAAGGGAAAAGCCCGAAAGAGAGGUUGUUUAUGUACCUGUUUGUUGGGCUUGUAGUUAUUAUGAUAUUGAUAACAAUCAUCUUUUCCAUGUACCGUGGUAGCGUAUAUGACUCAACAUACUUAUUACUGGGGAUUAGUAUCCUAUCCAUGGGAUUUUUGCAAGGAAUUUUGGUUUUUUGGAUAAAAAAAGGCUUACUUCCCACUGAAAAGCUUUGGUUUCUGUACUUUGUUGGGACGUGUCUGAUUCUAGAAUCAAUAUUCACUGAUGUUUUGUUGUAUCAUGUCCCUAACAAGUCAACAUAGCCUGGUUGUCAUGGUGAUGUCAAUCAACAUAAAGCCACCCAUCAUGCAUUGCACUUCACAUAUUAGUAUGGCUACGACUCGACCAUUUAGUAACAACUCUCCUAAGUUAAAGUGGGUUAAUGGGUUAGCCAAAAAAUGAAAAUAUUUUCAUUUCCAGAAUCCCAUUUUUUAGCAACUUCACAUGGAAUUUAUCUCAAAGUUGUCCAAUAAAGUGAAAAAAAUAUGCAUAUUAUUGUAUUGUACAUCUGCAUAACAAUAGAUUAGCAAUACAAGUACAAGACAAUGCAAUGCAAUAAAAUACUGUCGUUAAAUUUGUCAGAGCAUUGGACAGCAAUUUAUUAUUUUCAAAAUUUUAAAUACACUAUGAUGAAAUAUGUAUAUAUUUUAGUAUGUACUUACAAAGAAUAGUACACCGUUAUUCAAUUAUAAACGUACACUAAUUAAAAAAUUAAAAAAAUUGUUAUUAAAAAUAAAUGGCAUUUUUCAUUGGGAUU